ACAAACGAGGCUGCGAAAAAUAUCCGGGAACUUACAAGAUGGCUGCGACCGAGGAAGGUGAAGGCGAAAGUUGACAACCCAAAUAUUUUAUGUUUACAAUUUUUCCGACGCAGAAAUGGGAUCUAGAUGACAAAAUUAAACGAUCUCGAUUAAUGCCAUUAUGAUGAGACGAUGGGUAACAAAUACUCGCACCAUUCUCGACGACCGCGCAUCAACCCAGCACAGAUCCCAUGGCUUCUGCGUGGGGCUAUCCGGAGUAACAAUAUCGAGACGCUCCAAUAUCUCCUGAGUCAUCCCCAUGAGGUUAAUCCCAGCAUGGUGAUUGAUGGAUACAGCCCGAUCAAUCUCUCCAUCGAGCUGGGACAUGUCCAGAUUGUCAAAAUGUUAAUAAAAGCAGGUUGUAAUCUUCGGCAGGCUGAUGCACCCAUCUAUCCAUUGCUGCAGGCAGCCAUUUACGGCCGACCAGAAAUCGUGGAGAUGCUGAUCAAAAGUGGUUGUGAUAUAAACACGAGGAACGAAUCAGAUGAGACUGCGAUGCAUCUCAUCGCUCAGGCAAAUUCACCAAAACAUGUCGAGGUCGCUUCGAUUCUUGUUGCAGCAGGAUUUGAUGUGAACGCCCUCGAUCAAAAUCUUAUGGCACCUCUUCAUAUUGCCUCGUUUGAAAUCUGUCGGGAAAUUGUCAAGUCACCUCGAUGCAACCUUAACAUACGGACAGUCACAGGUGAUACCCCGCUGAAGUGUGCCAUAAGGAAUCGACAAACAGACACGGUGGAGGUGCUAUUGGAGAAGGGUUGUUCCAAGGAUGAGGCGAACCUUAUUGGGGAGACUCCACUCAUGCUGGCAUGUGAGAGUGGAGUCAAGUGUCUCAGUGUCGCCCAGGAUCUCGUGUGCAAAGGAGCAAAUAUGGAACAGGUUGAUAACCAGGGUAUGACCGCCCUCCACCACGCUGCUCACUGUGGCCAGGAUGACAUGGUCACGUUCCUAAUCAGGUCAAACUGUAAAGCAACGAAUAAGCAAGACAAAAAUGGCCGCACACCUCUGUAUCUGGCGACGAGUAGAGGUAAGUCAGGCCACACUAGUAUUGUGCAGUAUUUAAUCUCAAAGGGAGCAGACAUCUCAAUACCAAACAAAGAGGAGAAGUCACCGCUAUACGUGGCUGCUUACUUUGGACACCUCGAAAUAGUGACAGAUCUCUUAGCAGCAGGCGCCGACAUUAACCAAUCAGAUUCACACAACAAAACCGCGUUAUACGUGGCCACAUACCACGGACGCACAGACAUUGUACGCACAUUGAUACGGAAUAAUGCGCAUGUGAAUCGAACAGAUAAGAAUGGCAAAUCUCCACUGUACAUUGCUGUGCUUCAUGGGAACCUCCAGAUUGCAGAGUUACUUAUCAAAGGUGGUGCUAAUGUGAACUGGCCAGACAAAGAUGGGCUGGUCCCCCUGCACAUGGCCGUCAAGUUCCCAAAGCUGGACAUCCCGAUGGUGAAGGUUCUGCUGUCUGCGGGCUGUGAUCCCCUCAACCUGUACAGCUUCACGCAGUGGCUCCUUGUGAAUAACAUCAUCCCUGAGGACUGUAUUGUUGGCGAUGAAGAGUUCAACACAUGGAUCCAACUUGAAAAGACCAACGUAGUGCCACUCAAGAUGCUGUGCCGUAGUGCUAUUCAAACUAUCCUCGGACAGCCAGACACGUACCGAUCCAAAGUGCAGGAACUACCGAUCCCAACACAAUUGAAACAUUAUUUAUCACUGAAGCCACUCUGAUACUUGGAGUGUGUAGCCUCUCAAUCAAUGAGUUUCAUCGUGCCAUGUCAGUCUCCACGAGCCAAAAAUCAUCAAAAUAACAGAAUUGCGAUAUUUUUCAUUUCAGGGGAUUAUGGAAUAUAGUUGGGCUAACAAGGCAGGUUUUUGACUUCUAAAUCUCUGAUAAAACUAUAUGGUUGUUUCAUAGAUUUUAUCAAGUUUUUGAUGUAAUGUAUUACAUCAUGCCUGGAAGGUGAUGUUUGUGGGAUGUGGAAGUGCACACACGAUGUAUCUAUAAUGAUUCGCUGUGGACUUCAAAUUGUCAUCUGCUCUUCUUUGUAAUGUUCAGUUUGAGGCCGUUAUUGAUAUGGCACAAUAAAGACCAGAGGGCUGAUUUAAUAAAGUAUGUAACAGCUGAAGAUGAUGAUGGCUGAAAUGCUCAUUAAGUAUAAGCAGUGGAACUUUCCAAUUGGUCUCUUCUGUCUGACAUAAGAAGAGUCUAUUUCACAAUGGUUGACUAAUAUUUGGUUGAGCACAUCAUUGUGUACUCUGUCACUAUGAUGGCCCAGAAUUCUGGCUGAUGAUGUCAUGAUGCAAUUAAUUUAUUUGAGUGAUGUGACUGAGGGGACUCUUGAGAGAGUGAGAGAUUGUUUAUCUGAUGCUCCACUUUGAUGCUUUGUCCAGAUUGAACUUUGCAUGUACUGCCGACAUCCUUGAUGAUGAGAUUUGACACUGAGUUGAUCUGUGAAAAUAUCGUCCUGCAUCUUGCAGCUCUAUGAUACCCUAGGUGUAUGUGUUCAGCUAACCCUAGAAAUAACCAGCUGGGAUGGUUAAUAUACCCUCUUCCAACUGGUUAUUGAUCUUCUAAGGAGUGCUCUGUCUUGAUAAAUCAGGAUUGUUGGCAAGUAGAUUACUGUAUUCAAAACCUGACACUUUCAUACUAUAUAACAUGACUUCCUGUAUUGAGUACAAUUAAAGUGUACUUCACUACAUUGUAUUUCGUGCCAAAACUAGCCUUGGACCCCCCUCAUUAUCCUGACGUGUCUUUGCAGGCUGCGAAUGCCCCGCCACAAUCCUGAUGCAUCUUUUCAGGCCUGCUAUGCUCACCUGUGAAUAUACAUUGUAUGCCUUGUGAAUUAUCUUCUAUAACUAUGACGUAUGAUUUUGUGUAAGAAUGCAUUAUGAAUGUAGUAGAUUUUGCAGGUGAGGACAGACACUAUUUCAGGCCAGCACUUGAGAGGUGACUCUCCCUCUCAUCCAAUACCAAGCAUUCAGUUUCGAAAUAGAUUUGUGAAUGUAGGACAACCAGUCAACCUAUCCAUUGGAAUGUAUUUGUAAUAGAAGAUAUAUUGACAUUUUCAAGUGCCUUAUCAAGAUUCGAUCACAUUGAAAUGUUCAUUAGACUUGCGUGUCAAACACAAAGUUAAACUGCGAAUUCUCAAGUUUUAUUUCUGGAAUUUGUCACCCUGAUCAGGUGAGCUUCUUUGCAUUUCAAACCCUGAAAUAGUGUUUCUCCUCAGUCUCAGUAUGGGUACGGUAUGUAUCAAUGUGUACAAUCAUGAAUAGUUUGAUAUACUUUCACCAGGUGGAGUUAUCAAUCUCGAUUCUUAGAUUGUGGAGAACUAUGGAGUACAUUGUACUGCAUUAUUCAAUGUGGCUAAGGAUCGACGAGUUUGAACGAUUUCAGAUAACACCGCUGAGGUUUGGGUGGAGUUUUAGUUCCUACCACAAGUUGCCCUCGUAGGACAUGCUGAAAACACACCUCGGUGGGAGCUUCAUUCCAUCGAAUGUAAUACCACUCUCCAUAUCGGCAUAUCUCCAUCUAAAUCUCGGGAGCGCUGCCGCCAAAACAAGCUGCUAUCUAUUUACUUGCAAACCAAUGUUGAAGUGUGUCCAUGGACAUGAUCUAGUCAUCAUUUCAGUCGUAUCGUCAGACCAUUUUUCUGUGGCCGGGGACCUCAUGUUGCAGUUUUGGAGAUUGUCUUCGGCCCAGUUUCAUGUAUAACAUAUUCUAGCUGUUCUCUUGUUGAUGUAUAAUUUCAAGAAGGACAUGGCGAAGUGAACUCAUUUUGUGUCGAGGAUGCUUGGUUUGCUGACCAUAACGUGACAUCAAAUAUAUCAUGUAUCAUGUAAGGGAAGUCUAUUGGCUUUCAAACCUCUUGCACAAAAUGAGUUGAUGUCUCUGUGGUCCAUUUUAGCAUUUGAUCUUUGUGAGUGUUGUCCACCUGGUUGUUUAUCAGGCUGUCUGAGACAUAUUGAGAGAUGUAGUGGGCGAGGUGUCUGGUUAGAUUUGGAGGCUACACACUUGGGUCGAUGAAUGGGCCUUGCACUGAACAUUAUGAGUGGUGUCCCUGUGCUCACUCUACAGUUUGUCAGAUACCCUUGGUCACCCUGUCCACUGGGGAAAUCACCAGCUCGAGCUUCAAAGCUCAUAUAAAAACAAAUGACGUAUACAUUCAGAGAUGAUUUGUGGAGUUGUUUGGCCAUCAUUCCAAGUGUGUAGACUCCAUGUUAUUAACCCCUUGAAUGCAUGUCAGUGAUCUAAUGUGAGAGUGCGCAUGCUUGGUAUAAUGCACCAUGUCAAUACAACACUCAAUGCCUUUAAUUAUUGUAUUUUUUCUACAAAAUGGUGAGAUUUUAAUAUAUUUCUAUGUCAGUAUACUGUGUAGAAGUUUGAGGGUCUGCCUGGCUUUCGACUGGUUGUUACACCAAAUUAUGUGAAGCAUGUAUUUUAGAAACAAUCCCAAAAUGCUUCCGUGAGUGUCAAAAUGUGUUUGCUUGAGAUAAACGAAAAAGCUUUUGCCUUUGAAAAAAGUCCAUGUGGUGAAAAAUAGGGCGCACUGUGCUUGACCUGGGCCAACCAGUCAAACCAAAGGCCAGGCAGACCUUUACAACAUCAGUGUACAUGUAUACAACUGUGUCUACGUGUCCGUUGAAUGUAUGAUUACUGUAAAUUGAUUGCAAGAGACACCCAUGAAAUUGAGCAAAAAUGUGUAUUCUAUUCACCCCACCAUGUAGCUGGAGAUAUCAAAGUGUUGAAGGAGGAUUGUCUCAAGAUAAUGUCAGGUCACCACUAUUCAUAAGUAACAAGAGGCAACUUCUUAAUGGAUGCAAUAGAAACUGUGCACACUUGUUCUAUAAACCAUUUGUCUAUACUUUUGGAUGUACAUUUAUGUCUGAAACGCCAUUUACACUGGCACUCUGCGACAAUAAAAAGUGUUGCCAACAGUAAUUUGUUUCUUUCCACAUAUCAAGUGCACCAGGUAUACAGAGGAAAACAAAAAGAAUAUUUCACUGGA